CUCAAACACAUCGAAGAUGUUACAUGUGUCUCCAUUUCUCCCAACGCAGAAUUGGUCAUGGUCGGAGACUUCCGUGGCGAGGUUCGGUUCUGGUCAAUCAAGGACACACUUUCCGCAGCAGUCCAGCUGUAUUCUUCAUCUGGCUCUUACUUCGCACACCGCAGUAAGGUGAAGUUGGGACGAAGGCUCUAUACUGAGGCCCUUUUGGACGCCCAAAAGGUUAUCGAGCUCAACCCAUCGUCUUACCUUGGGUACAAACUGAAGCAUGCAGCUCUUUAUGAAGCACGGCGCUAUGAUGACGCAAUCGAGUCCUUCAGAAUCAUGCUUUCCAAGUUGGAUGAUGCAUUAGACUCACGGAUACGACAGUUACGCAAGCAAUAUGUCAGUCCGUCUCGAGUAGAAAAUGCUAUUCAACAAGCCAUUCAUACUCACCUGGACAAUGCACCACUUCGUCUAAUCAACACCAUCACUGGGAAGAUAUGUGAUCGACAGGCACAGAUCAAUGUCUUCAAGAAAAAUACAGAAUACAAGGAGAUUUUGUCGUCGUCGAUGCUGCAUAGGCCCCUCCAAAUGGAGCCCAUCAGGGAAGCGGUUGUGAAGUACUUCAGUUGGGUCAUGUUAUCUCACAGGUGGGAAACCAAGGAACCGCACUUGCACGAAAUUCAGGACAAGGAUGUGUACACAUUACGUCCAGUUGGGAAGUUGCAGAAGUUCUGCAAAAUCGCUCACGAUGCGGGGUAUUUCUGGGCAUGGAGCGAUACAUGCUGCAUCGACCAGAAAAAUAACGUCGAAGUCCAAGAAUCAGUCAAGUCCAUGUUCGUCUGGUAUCAUAACUCAGCUCUCACCAUCGUCUAUCUAUCGGACGUUUCUCCUUCAUCAAAGUGUACACUGGCAAAGAGCGUUUGGAACACGCGAGGAUGGACUGUUCAGGAGUUCCUCGCUCCUACAGUUGUCCUCUUCUACCAAGCGGACUGGACCCUAUAUCUCGGCGACUGCUCACUCAACCACAAGGAGUCUGUCAGUAUCAUGGAGGAGUUGGAGCGUUCAACUGGUAUAAAUGCACAAGCGCUCAUUGCCUUCAGCCCGGGGAUGAGAAAUGCCCGAGAGAAACUUCAAUGGGCAUCAUGCCGUGUUACGACAUUACAGGAAGAUAUUGCAUACUCAUUAUUUGGCAUCUUUGAUGUCAACCUUCCUGUUAUGUACGGAGAGAAAAGACAAAAAGCGCUCGGACGACUCUUACAGGAGAUCAUCGCUCACUCAGGUGACAUCACAGCCCUGGACUGGGUUGGACAGUCAUCCAGCUUCAAUAGCUGUUUGCCAGCCAACAUUGCCUCAUACAGAGCCCUGCCAUGCACAAUUCCAUCUCUAUCCAAAGACGAGAUUCAGUCAUCGGUCUCCUUGCUGCGAAAUGACGUGACUCAGCAGUUGGCUUCGAAACUCUAUACCAUCCUUGACAACCUCAAUGCUCCUCGCUUCGCCAACUGCAGACUGCGCCUGCCUUGCAUCACAUUUUCACUCACAAAAGUCAAGCGGAGGGCCGGUACACCUUGCACCUAUCAUAUAAAGGCAAACGGACUCCAAGACCUGGAAAUCACAACGGCAAACACGCUGGUUGAGUUCUGGCCUGGAAAGUCCACUUCACAGAAAUUCUUAGUCAUCCGUCCGUGGAAUCGUCAUGAUCUUGGCUUGCCCGACUUUGCAGACGAGAUGCAGAACACGGAUGAUAGACCUGAAUCGCCAGAUGAUCCGCUCGGCUUAUCUCCUGCUCAAGAGGCGAACUUACUUGUUCGCCUCUUCGGCGCACUUUGGUCAGCUGAAUCGCGGUCUCACACACGAGAGUUGGGGUUGGUUGUUCGCCUUGGACAGCCUUUUAGGGCACUUUUACUGGCGCAGCAGCGGGGUGGGGAGUAUAAGAGAAUUGCUUCGGAUUGCAAUAUCAUCGCACAAGUCAGGGACGUGACUCGUGUCAAUGACAUGAUGGAUGUCAGGACGUUAGAGAUAUUGUAGUUGUAUUUUUGUUGAACGACGGGGAUCUUGUACUUAUUUUCUUCACACUUCGACAGCCCCUGCAUGGAAAAUCGUAUCGUAUUGUAUGAGUCUUUGCUAUCUCUCAGCGUUUGAGCAC